AUGGCCUUAUCUCUUAGAAUUAAUAUUAUCGACGAAAACGUUACGAAAACUAUCGUUUUCGAUCCUGCAACGACUGUACAUGAUGCCUGCCGAAUCAUUCGAGAUAAAUGUACAGAGGGUGAACAAUCUAAAGACUAUGGACUCUUCCUUACUGAUGAAGAUAACAAAACGGGGGUGUGGUUAGAGCCUGCACGGAAUUUAGAGUACUAUAUUUUAAGAAAUGGAGACCUGAUUGAGUACAGAAAAAAGCUGCGACCUCUUAGAGUUAAAAUGUUGGACGGUGCGGUAAAAACCAUGAUGGUGGACGAUUCACAAAUAAUAGCAAACCUUAUGGUCGUCAUUUGCACAAAACUGGGAAUAACGAACCACGACGAGUACUCACUCGUUUUAGAAGAUCUGGAAAAUCAAGAAAACAUAGACAACCGCAACUACGGCACCCUUACUUUAAAACGAAAGAAAGAGGAAAGAGAAAGAGACGCAAAAAUGGAACAAUUGCGUAAGAAGCUACACACAGACGAUGAGGUCAAUUGGCUUGAUCCCUCUAAAACAUUACGUGAACAGGGAAUUGAUGAAAUGCAAACGGUGUUGCUUAGGAGGAAGUUUUUCUAUUCAGAUCAGAAUAUCGACUCCAGAGAUCCUGUACAGUUAAAUCUGCUGUAUGUACAAGCUAGAGAUGCGAUAUUGCAAGGAACUCAUCCAAUUACACAAGACAAGGCUUGCGAGUUUGCAGGGCUUCAAUGCCAAAUACAAUUUGGAGAUCAUGUGGAAUUAAAACAUAAACCUGGAUUUUUAGACCUUAAAGAAUUUCUGCCACAAUCCUACACAAAAAUAAAAGGUAUAGAAAAGAAGAUCUUCUCCGAACACAAAAAACAACAAGGCCUUAGUGAACUAGACGCCAAAGUCAAAUACACCAAAAACGCUCGUUCCCUUCGAACCUACGGAGUAACGUUCUUCCUGGUUAAAGAAAAGAUGAAAGGAAAGAACAAACUAGUUCCCCGAUUACUCGGUGUAACCAAAGAUUCUGUUUUGCGUCUGAACGAGCAGACCAAAGAAAUUCUACAGACCUGGCCAUUGACGCAGGUGAGAAGAUGGGGAGCUAGUCCAAACACUUUCACCCUGGACUUCGGUGACUACUCCGAUCAGUAUUAUUCAGUACAAACGACGGAAGCAGAGCAAAUCCAGCAGAUUAUAGCCGGGUACAUUGAUAUCAUCUUAAAGAAACAACAAGCUAAGGAUCAUUUUGGUAUCGAAGGAGAUGAGGGAUCUACUAUGUUUGAAGAAAAUGUUGCUAAACAGAAAGCAACAAUUUUGCAACACGAAUCUAGCAAGAUUGGCAGAACCAGUAUUGAAUCUUUGGCCAAACCAGCAGUUAUGAGAGCGGCUGAUGCCGAGAAAACUUUUACAAUGGGUGUCAUGGGUGGUCCUAUGCAGACCACAGUAAGUGGCUCUGUCAAUGUUGGUCAUGCUCCUCCAACGACUACCAACAUGCAGCAAACAAAAAUAACAAUGAUAAUAUCAGAACCACAACGUGCGCUAUUAUCAACAAUUUCUGCAACGCAGUCCAGAAUCAAAGAAUCCGAAAUCGAGCUUGAAGCGAGAGCACAUGUUCCAGAAUUGGGAACAGAUCCAGCUGCAAAGAAAUGGAAGCAAGUUACUUUGGAUACGAAGAAACAAAAUGUCGGAUCGCAAAUAGCUGCCAUGAGUGCAGCUACUGCUCAAGUAGUUACUCUCACGUCUGGACCGCAAGAUGAAGUGGAUCAUACUGCUGUUGGAGCUGCCAUAACAACAAUCGGUAGUAACUUACCGGAAAUGACCAAAGAUGUCAAGAUGAUAGCGGCCUUGAUGGAUGAUGGAAGCAUGGGAGAGAAAUUGCUGGAUGCCACAAGAAAGCUCUGUUUUGCUUUUAGUGAUUUGUUGAAAGCUGCAGAACCUGAAUCGAAAGAGCCAAGACAAAAUCUGCUCAACGCUGCUUCUAGAGUUGGUGAAGCUAGCACCCAAGUUCUUGCUACCAUCGGUGAAGAUACCGUUGAAAAUAAAGAAUUGCAAGAUAUGCUUUUAUCUUUGGCCAAAGCUGUAGCAAACACAACUGCUGCUUUAGUUCUUAAGGCCAAAAACAUAGCUUCCACGUCUGACGACCAACAAACACAAAACCGAGUAAUAGGUGCUGCCACCCAGUGUGCAUUGGCUACAUCACAACUCGUCGCUUGUGCAAAAGUUGUUGCUCCAACCAUACAUUCACCAGCUUGCCAAGAACAAUUGACCACCGCUGUCAGAGAGGUAGCCAAAGCCGUCGAAAAUCUGGUUGCUGUAUGCAAUGAGUCAUGUCCAAAUGAAGAUUUGAACAAUCAACUGAAGGUUGCAGCUUCAGAUGUUACCCGUACAUUGAACGAUCUUUUAAAUCAUAUGAAAUUGGCUGGACGGGAAAGAGUUAGAGAAACCAUUCAAGAACAUAGUGUCGAAGAGAUUUACACAGCUACUGAUAAACUAUCAGCAGCUUCUGGUGAUGCCAAUGAAAUGGUGCGACAAGCUAGACGUCUCGGACAAGCCACAGCACAACUUAUUCAGAGUAUCAAAGGCGAGGCCGAAAAACUGCCCGACUCUGAUAUACAACGCCGUCUAUUGGCGGCCGCUAAAACUUUAGCUGAUGCUACUGCCAAGAUGGUAGAAGCUGCCAGACAGUGCGCUAGUCAUCCAACUGAAAUAGUGUAUCAGGACCAACUUAGAAAAACUGCGGAAGACCUUAGAGACGUCACUGUUGUCGCUGCUACCACUCCAGCACUUCGAGCAAAAUUGGUGGACAGAGUUCAAAUUUGCGCUAGAAAGGCCGCAGCUUCUGCUACUCAAUGUAUCAAUGCAGCACAGGCAAGCCACCCCUACAAUACAAACGCCGUUACCAGAGAAACGCUUAGCCAAGAUACUGUUGAAUUGGGUGAAACUAUACCUCUGUUAGUAGAGUCUAUCAAAGCCAAUGUUCAAAAUGCUGAAGAUACUACAGGCCAGGUCGAAUUGAUGUACAUUGCAGAAGUGUUUUUACAUCCAGCUACACAAUUCAUACAUUCUUCUCAAUCAGCUUUGCCAACUUUGACAGAACAUUCUGUUCGUGAGCAACUGUCCAGUAGCACACAAAAAUUCAACUCGGAAAUAAGUGAAUUACACAGUGCCAUCAGUAGGGCUAAACCAGCUUGCCAAGGUCUAGGAAUGGACGCAGCACAACAGCUGAUAGCAGACCUUCAAGAAGAACUUAACGAAUUCGAACGAGCUGUAGAUGCUUGCAGGUUAAGGCCAUUACCGAAUGACACCGCUGAAAGAGGUGCCUUACAACUAGCUGCCAGUAGUAAACUAGUCAAUCAAGGUAUUGCUCAAUUACUAAGUGCUGCAGCUCAGGGCAACGAAAUGUACACAUCUCAAGCUGCGAGAGACACAGCUCACAGCCUUAGAAAUCUCACGAACGCUAUUCGUAUUGUUGCUGCUACUUCGGAUAAUCCCGAAGUACAAAGAAGAGUAAUAAAUUCCGGUCAGGACGUAUUAAUUUUAUCUUCGAAACUCGUCAACGAAGCUCAAAAGAGUUUGUCGACUGUUGGAGUUACUCCUGGUCUACAGAAAGCUGCUAAAGAUAUGUCUCAAGCUUUGAAUUCUGCUGUUAGUUGUUUGCCUGGUCAGAAGGAUGUUGAUACAUCAAUAACUAACAUUAUAGAGUGGUCGUCAAUGGUAACAACAACCAAUUUGCCACAAACAAAGAAGAGUUAUGGAGAAUUGCAGCAUGAAUUAAACACAGCUGCCGCAAACCUGAAUGAAGCCAGCUCUAGCGUUGUAGAAUCUGUUUAUAGUCCAAUACAGUUAGCGUCUACAUCUAGGGACUUUGCCUCUGCUUACCAAGACUUACUUAACGUUACUAUGGAGAUGGCAGGACAAACUCCAGAUGUAUCAGUAAGAGGUGAAAUGGUGCAUUCAUUAAAAACAGUAUCGACUUCCUCCAGUACUCUCUUGACAACUGCUAAGGCUCUUUCGGCAGAUCCAAAUCUCCCUAAUGGUAAAAACCAACUUGCAGCUGCAGCUAGAGCUGUUACAGACAGUAUCAAUCAUCUAGUCAAUGUCUGCACUUCAGCUGCACCAGGCCAAAACGAGUGUGACAAUUCUAUCAGACAAAUGAAGGCAAUGAGAUACUUACUCGAGAAUCCCACAGAACCAAUUAAUGAUUCUUCGUAUUAUGAGACGCUUGAUACUGUUAUAGAGAAGAGUAAAGUGCUAGGUGAAGGCCUGACUGGUAUAACAACUAGUGCCAAAGCUUCGGAACACGAAAAGUUCACAGACUAUGUCAAAAGUUACAGUAAUGCUAUCUGUUCGAUGAUUGAAACAUCUGCUCAAGCUGCUUACUUGAUUGGUGUGUCAGAUCCUUCGAGCAUAGCUGGUCGCCCCGGCUUAGUAGAUCAGGCACAAUUCGCAAGAGCUUCCCAAGCUAUUCAUCAAGGAUGUGCAGCCCUUUCGUCGCCAACGAGUCCCCAGAAACAGGUUCUAGAAGCUGCUACUCUUAUCGCCAAACACACCAGUGCCUUAUGUAAUUCUUGUAGGAUAGCCAGUUCUAAAACUACCAAUCCUGUUGCCAAGAGACAGUUCGUCCAAAGUGCCAAAGCUGUAGCUAAUAGUACAGCUGCUCUGGUGAAAGAGAUCAAAGCUCUAGAUGCUGAUUAUUCUGAGGAAAAUAGAAUUAGGUGUGCUGAAGCUACAAGACCUCUGCUAGAUGCCGUUGAAAAUCUUUGCGUAUAUGCCAGCUCCAGCGAAUUCGCAACCAUCCCUGCAAAAAUACCUCCCGAAGCUCGCCAUGCCCAACAACCCGUUGUCGAUUCAGGCGUAAACUUAUAGACACUUCCUGUGCCGUCAUUAACGCAACAAAAAAUCUGAUUAUCAUGCCCAAGGAUCCUUCAACGUGGCAACAUUUUGCUGGUUGCUCCAAAAAUGUGUCUGACGCCAUCAAACAGCUUGUUGUUAAUAUAAAAACUGAAGCUCCCGGAAAGUCAGAAUGCGAAGCUGCUGCUCAAAUUAUUAGCAAUCACUUGAAAACGUUGGACGCUGCCUAUAUGGAUGCAGUGUCUCAAUCUUUAGCUCCGAGAAGAGCUGCCACGCUUCCAGUUUACAGUCAACAAGUCGAAAGAUCAGCUGCUGGACUCUUCGAUACAAUUGAACCAUUAAAACAUGCUGCCAAAUUUGAAGCUGAAAAUAUAGGUCACGCCAUUAACCAACUGGUACAGUACUUUGAACCGUUAGUAGAAAGUACAAUCAGUGCUGCCUCUAACCUGAAUAACUCCAAACAGCAGGAACAGAUCCUCGACCAAGCAAAGUCUGUAUCCGAAGCUGCCCUGCAUUUCAUCUACGCUACCAAAGAUUGUGGUGGAAAUCCAAAAGCAGUUAACAUUCAUCCAGAUAUUGACGAAUGUGCCAACUCCAUUAGAGAUAAUCUACAAGAUCUAGUAACCAGCCUUGAAGCGAUUUCUACACAAAGUGGUAUAGUGUCUGGUGUUGUUGAUAAUCUCACAAGAGCCAUGACUCGAUUGUCAGAUAGUCGUGCUUCCCUAAUAUUAUCUGAUGGUGAUAUCGGAUUCGUUGAUUACCAAACACGAAUGGUGGACUGUGCGAAGAGUAUAGCUAAAAUCGCCGGAGAAAUUGCCAGUAAAGCUGCCACUGACCCUCAGAAGGUGGCCCAAUUAUCUGCGGAUCUUGCGCACAAAUAUGCACAAUUAUCUGGCGAUAGUAUUGGAGCUGCUGCAGCUGCCACUAAUGCCGAAGUUGCAAUCAGACUAAGGGAAGUUGUUCAACAACUGGGUGGCGCCUGCGUAGAACUUGUCCAAACAGGAGGCCAGUGCUUAGUCCGAAAAGAUGACGUACUCUUGCGAGAAGUGGGAGAUUGCUCUCGCAACGUAACGGAGAAAGUUUCCCGUGUUCUUGCCACUCUACAAAACGAGUCCAGAGGUACACAAGCUUGCAUCAACGCCGCUUCCACUGUAUCUGGUAUCAUCGGCGAUUUAGAAACUACUAUUAUGUUUGCUACUGCCGGAAACCUCAAUCCCGAAAGCGAACAUGAAUCGUUUGCUAAUCACAGAGAGAAUAUAUUGAAGACUGCUAAGGCGUUGGUAGAGGAUACUAAGACUUUGGUAGCUGGUGCAGCUUCAUCACAAGAACAACUGGCUGUAGCUGCUCAAAAUUCUGUUGCGACCAUAGUACAAUUAGCCGAAGUAGUGAAAUUCGGAGCAGCCAGUUUAGGCGUUGACAAUCCAGAUUCCCAAGUGAUGCUGAUCAACGCAGUACGUGACGUUGCUAGUGCUCUUGGUGAUCUGAUCCAAGCUACUAAGGCUGCUAGCGGCAAGCCCAUUAACGAUCCGGCCAUGGCUCAUUUAAAAGACAGUGCAAAGGUUAUGGUUACGAAUGUUACCUCAUUGCUUAAGACCGUCAAAGCAGUAGAAGAUGAACAUACCAGAGGUACCAGGGCUCUGGAAUCCACAGUAGAAGCCAUUGGACAGGAAAUGAAGUCAUUGUAUUCAAGUGAUGGCUACAGACAAGGAGUUACAGCAGAAGACUUAAUACGCUGCACCAAAGCCUUAACGAACGCAACAGCAAAAUGUGUUUCAGCUGGUAUUAGCAACAAACAAGACGACAUCAUUGCAGCCGCCAAUCUCUCCAGAAAGGCCAUCUCCGACAUGUUAAUAAUUUGCAAAAGUGCCGCCUACAGCUUGGCUGAAACUCCAGAAUUAAGAACAGAAACCUUGAAUGCCGGACACGAUUGCGCGAAACAAUUCAGAGAACUUUUGCUCCUUAUCUUGCGAGACAGCGGCUCGACUGAAGUCAAACAAAUUUUACCUUUGACGUCGAGAAAGAUUGCCCAGAGCGUUACCGAACUACUGAGUGUAGCAAAGAGGCUUAAAGGAUCCGAUUGGGUUGAUCCAGACGAUCCUACAGUUAUUGCUGAGAAUGAGUUGCUUGGGGCAGCCGCUUCCAUUGACGCUGCUGCUAAGAAAUUGGCCAGUCUUAGACCCAGACAAAAUAUUAAGACUCAAGACUUGGAUGAGUCGUUGAACUUCGACGAAAUGAUUCUAGAAGCCGCCAAAUCCAUCACAGCCGCAACCUCGGCACUUAUCAAGGCUGCCAGUGCUGCCCAACGUGAAUUAAUAGAUGCAGGAAAGAUGUCUGGUACGCCCGUUUCAUCAUCCGACGACGGCCAAUGGUCAGAGGGUCUGAUAUCAGCUGCCAGAUUAGUUGCAGCUGCAACACACAGUCUUGUAGAGAGUGCAAAUGCUCUAGUUCAAGGACUGGGCAGUGAAGACAAGCUAAUAGCGGCCGCUAAACAGGUGGCGAGUUCCACUGCUCAACUUUUGGUAGCGUGUAAGGUAAAAGCAGAAGGUGAUACAGAAGCAACCAGAAGGUUACACGCUGCUGGUAAUGCUGUAAUAAGAUCUACCGACAAUUUGGUAAGGGCCGCUCAACGAGCAAAGAGUGUGGAAGAGGAAAGAUACUUGAUUUUGAAUAAGAAAAUGGUUGGUGGAAUUGCCCAAGAAAUUAACGCAAGAUCUGAAGUACUGAAAAAAGAGAGGGAAUUAGAAGAAGCACGUAAUAAACUCAGUGCUAUUCGUCAAGCAAAGUACAAAUUGAAAGGAUACGAUACUUCAGGGGAUGACACCGAUGGUUACAUUAGUUCAGCAGCCGAAAUGGAUUCAUCUUCAAUGAGGUACAACCAGAGCUAUGACUACCAAUCUCAUUCGAGCCCCCACCAGAGAUACUAUCAAGAUAAUUAUUCCCAAUUAGAAAGCCCUGAGAAAGUUAAUUCCCUCGAACGAAACAAAAAAAUCCUAAAAUCUCAAAUAAAGGACCUUGAUACGGCGACAUACGGUUCAACCAAUACUUAUGGACAGCAAGAUUAUAAUUCAUAUUUGCCGACCUCUCCCAGGUUUUACCCGAAAGACACUUACACAAGCACUCCUAGUCAUGUGAGAAGUUACGAACCUCAAAAAACAGAUUCGUAUUAUCCACCCGUAGACACAAACACGAAGUAUUACUCAGAUGGAUACUCGAGCUCUGAAUAUAUGACCAACAGUUACAAAACCCCGGAAGGCUACAAAGUGAAUACGUACAAAUACGAAAGUUAUCAAGCGCCUCCACAACAGACGUAUUCUUCUAGCAGCGAAAAGUACUACACCAGUGCACCAGCUGUUAUUUCUCCAAGAGACAAAAAGACCUUUGAAACCUUCAAAAACGGUUCAGAUUCACAGUACUCAACUCAGUAUGCAACGAACGUCGAGUAUAUUAACGAACCUCCAGUAUUUCGAGACGACGAUACAUUAGAACAAAAAAUGUUGAAAAAAUCUAUUACUCAACAAAUCAUCGAGAAGAAGACCGUAUCCGUGACGAAGAGCAGUAAGGAAGAGUCAUCUACAAAGAGUUUUAGAUUUGAAUGA